AAACUGGCUCUCAGGAUCUUCCUCGGGACCAAGAAUGUCUUCGGAGUCAGCUUCCCCAGGCGAGCGCUCCCCAUUGCCAGGGCCCCUCAGGCUCCCGGAAGGCCGCCGGGUGAGGGAGCGUUCCCCUUCUCCAAUGCGGGGCUAUCUCAUCCCCAGCCCGCUUCCAACCCGGAGGACUCGGACGUAUUCUGCGACAGCGAGGGCUUUGGAAGGGCCCACCUACAAGGGGACCUGCAAGUGUUUCUGCCGCUCCAAGGGCCACGGCUUCAUCACCCCUGAGAACGGCGGGCCGGAUAUUUUCGUGCACAUUUCUGACAUCGAAGGGGAAUACGUCCCGGUGUCUGGCGACGAGGUCACUUACAAGGUGUGCCCCAUCCCGCCCAAGAAUGAGAAACUGCAGGCCGUGGAGGUGGUCAUCACCCACCUAGCGCCCGGGACGAAACACGAGACGUGGUCAGGGCACGUGAUCAGCUCCUAGAGGGUGCCUCUGACGGAGCCACGUCGACUGGGGACACGCGAGGAAGAUCGUCCGACGACAACAGAGAAGGACUUAAAGUCUGACAAAUGAGCUUUCUGUAUAUUGAGUGAGGUGAAACAUUAUAACAGGGGUCAAAAGAUGGCCGUAUAACCCCUUUUCUUUUGUGUGUGUGUGUGUUUCCCCCCCACUGUAAACGAUAUUCUCAGAAUGAAAAGACACG